CUAUUGCAGAGUAGCCUCGGGGUUGGGCAUGGAUGAUGGAUGAUACUCUUACUGCCCUCCCCUAGUCGUUGCAGCUCUUCUCCAUCUUCAAGUGUACCUCCAUUAUGACGGGUCAGGUCUCUGAGAAGGGCCAUCGCUACAUUGUAGCCUUGGACAGUGCGCGAUGCCAGAACAAAUGGGAUGAAGUCCCUGAGCUUAUUCGAAAGGUGACCAAACAUGCGCCUCAAAAGACAUGUUUCCUGCAGGUCGCUACAGCAGAAUCUCAGAUUGCCCAAUACAACCAGAAAAGGCCGUCGACUGCGCAAUCAUCCUCUAGCUCCUCGUCCUCCUUGCCCGAAUUAAUACCCCCGCUGCUAUCUACCAUUGAAAACGAAGAUGGCUCUCCGGAAGAGCUCUUCCAAGCUCAAGUCUGCAUCGGUUGGCUCCAUUGGUCACUCAGUGAACCGGGACUGGCAGCUGCUCAUCUGCCGAGGGACUUCGGAGAGGUAGCAGACAAAUUGGGGGAGGAUGUCUCCCCAUGGACGGAGGUCUGCCUGGUCAAGGGCUGUUAUAUGAAAGGAGCUGCCCAGGCAAUGGUAUCUGAACCCCAUGAUGCGCUGAAGAUUCUCGACACACUUACACCGUGGCUGGGUAGCCAUACCACGGCCCUCUCCUCGAAAUGCUCGCAAUUCUUACAUUGGUCGGAGAAAUUGCUAGGAAAGGCUGCAUCGAUUGCCAGCGAAGAGGCGCUCAAAAGGGCACCGUCUGGGGAUUCUGAGCUCGUCAAGACAGCUUUGAAACUAUGUAGGCUGUGGUCUGCCCAUCCCUACGUCAAACAGCAUUCCUCUUCAGGAUCUGUAGAUCCUGAGGGACCGAGUGAACCAGCCGCGAAAUCAGCAACCUGGAAAUCGUACUACGACCUCUUGACCGCCAUUCUUCAGGAUGGGUUGUUGUACGUCUCCCCGACGAGCGGUCCUCAGCGCCCCCAACUCGCCAGCGAGAUCCGGCGUGUGGAGGCGAUCUAUGAGACCAACCUUUUGCGUGAAGUGAAGUUUCCCAUGGCCAACAGUCGAAAUGAGCAAAUGGAGGAUUGGGUCGAGCAAGUGAUCCGGAAUUGGCAAGAACUAUGUGGACCGAAUUGGACCGACGAAGACCUGGGAGAAGGCGGCCAGAACGCUGUUGGCCGCAAUGUUCUUGAUAUUCUUUAUCGCGCCGCUACAAAGACCUACCACUCUUACUUAAUUCUCCGUCGCCUAUUCCAUGUUCAUUCAGCUCUGGCAGAUUUCGAUCUCGCUCUCAAAGCACUCGAUUCGUACAUUGAGAUAGUCCUCGGGGCCAAAGCAAGGGCAGAGAAAGCAGCAGAAUAUGGUGAAUUAGAAAGCGACGAGAAUUUGCUCCAGACACUUGCCGAAGGAGUAACUCUGCUUGUCUGUUUUGGCUCAGAUAAGGAGGCUGAAAAAGCGAAGGAUUUGGUUGCAAUCUUGGAAAAGUUCGUCGCUAAGCACGUGCUAGAAAUUGAAGACGACGGGGAGGAGGCAAAGUUUGUCAUCCGGCAAGACUCGGCUGAUGCUCAGGUGGUGUCUCCUCGUGUCAUCGCCACUGCUUACAGAGCAAUCGGGACGGGGCUUGCCAAUUGGGCGAGUUGGACGCCCAGAAACGAAGAGCGGGAUGAUAUCCGUGCGGAGGCCAUCGAAAAUCUAGAGAGAAGCAUUGCUCCAGAGCUCGGUGAUGAGUUCAAUUAUUCAUCUUUGUAUACUCUCGCCCUCUUGCUCGCGGAAAGCCGAGACCUGGAUGGUGCCAUUGGUUAUGUCAAAUCGGCUCUGUCCUAUACGCAAGCGCACGGCCCACAGUCCGAUCUGUCCAGAGAACGAGACCUGGUGCCGCUCUGGCAUUUACUGGCGCUCUUGCUAAGUGCAAAACAAGACUACGACAUCGCUGAGCGCUCUUGCGAAGCUGCAUUCGAACAGUUUCCCAGCGCCGUCAUAUCGUUGGUCAACGGGGGCAGAGGGUCACAAAAGCAAGGUCAAGACACUGGAGACGCCUCAACGACUACCGACAUAGGGCACGCUUUGAUCGAUCAGCUGCGGGGCCGAGAAAAGGAGCGCAUCAUCGAGACACGCAUGACACAAUUAGCGUUCAUUGAGCUGCAGGAGGGCCCCGAGGCUGCUGUUAACCACAGCGAUCAAUUACUCAGGCUUUUUGCAACGCUAUUCAACAAACUGGAGCUUCAGGCUGAUGAACAGAAGGACCGUCAAACAGAGCAUCUCGUUCCACCGAAAAGCGCCGCUGGUACAGUCAAGAGUCUACGAGGCAGCAUAUUUGGCAGACAUAAAGCGUCACGCGCUUCCGAACGUAAAGCCGAAUCUACCGGUGAAACGCAGCCUAUCAGCCCCAGCUCUUCUGUUCACAACGAGCAAGUGCCCAGCACCGAUCUUGCGCCCGCAAUCCAAGUUACUCACGAGCAGAAUGGAAAUGCUGAGAAUCCUCAACCGGUGGGCAGAUCAGAUUCGACGCGGCAAAAAUUGCGGAAGCGCAGCGGUACUCUUAGAAAGGGUGAAGGUCAAAGCUCGACUCAUAUAAAUGGCACUGAAGAUCCGACCAACAGAGUCAGCACGGCUACCAACGGGACUGCGACGCCCCAGCAACCAGGUAACGGAGAAGGCCUCGCUCAAGAUGUCGUCGGUCUUGCGGUAUCAAGCACCGCAAACCAACCACAGAGCGCGAAGCAGCCUCUGCGACCCGCCGCUCAUAACAUGAAUUGCAAACAAGCGCCUCCUCCGACGGGUCAUCCCAAACAACCACCUGAGCAAGACAUUCGAUUGCCAUAUGGAUUUGACUCUCCGACAAAAGCUGUUACCAAAUUCCCCGCUGUCCAAUCGCAAAAACACGCUCUUUCAGUCCUGAUCAAGAUUUGGCUCCUGAUCGCAGGCCUCUAUCGACGCGCUUCGCUAUUUGAGGAUGCGCAAGAGGCGUGCGAAGAGGCCGCCAAACAUGUCGACCGAGUGGAAGCUCUUGUUGCGGCCCAGGAAUCCUCUGCCAGGGCAUUUAGAAGCCGUGGUUGGGCUGCAGCAAAAAGCUCUGAUGAGCUCUGGGCCGACCUGCACACCGAACAAGGGCUCUUGGCACAAGCUCAAUCCCGCCCUCAUGAUGCAAUGGAGCUCUUCGAGGAAGCGUUGGUGCGUGAUCCGGACCAUCUCAAAGCGACAGUCUGCCUGGCGAAUCUACUCCUCGACAUCUGGGAGAGGAAGAUGCCUGUGAACCGACCAGAUACCGAUGAUCUUCAUGCGGAGAUGUCUACGCUAUACCUACCGGCUACCGCUCAGAAGUCCAGUGCUACCUUGAACAAGAUUCGAAAUCCAAAUUCUGACAAUUUAGAGGAUCGGCCAAUGCCAUCAAAAGGACAGUCUCCUGCAACUGACGCUGAGGAUGAACCUAAACUGCUCAACCGUAUCGCUGCCCGGGACCGAGCCUACACCCUCUUGUCGGCAUUGACAAAGCGUGGCACCGCCUGGGAUAACUCGGAAGCUUGGUAUGCGCUCUCCCGCGCUCAUGAGGCAAGCGGGGAUAUCGAAAAGUUGAAGGAGGUUUUGUGGUGGUGCGUUGAGCUUGAAGAUCGACGACCAAUCCGUCAUUGGUCAAAUAUAGGCUCCGGCCUCUAUGUCCUUUGAUAUCAGGAUACCUCUUGUCUGAUUUGUCUGGGAGCCAUUUGUUGUGAUAUUUCUUGGCUACAAAAAUACCUUCAUGAUAUCCUCUUGUUGAUAAUUAUGGACAUAUAGCGUCUGAGUGCCAGGCGAGAAGCAGGAACUUAACUUUGAAUCCUUUUGAUAAAAUCGAACGAGCAAUAGAACAUC